AUGUCAGAAGACGAAGCAGCUCAGGCCCCCGGACCCAGCUUGUGGGAGCAGGAUCAGCAGAGCGUGGUGCAGCGCGUGGCUGCCCUUCCCCUGAUCAGGGCCACGUGCACUGCUGUCUCCGAGGCUUACAGCGCCGCCAAGGACAGACACCCGCUGCUGGGCUCCGCCUGCCGCCUGGCUGAGCACUGCAUGUGUGACCUGACCACCCGAGCCCUGGACCAUGCCCAGCCACUGCUCAGCCACCUGCAGCCCCAGCUGGCCACAGUGAAUGAUCUUGCCUGCAGGGGCCUGGACAAGCUGGAAGAGAAACUGCCCUUUCUCCAGCAUCCUUCAGAGACGGUGGUGACCUCGGCCAAGGGUGUGGUGGCCAGCGGCGUGACAGGCAUGGUGGGCCUGGCCCGGCAGGGCCGCCGCUGGAGUGUGGAGCUGAAGCGAUCCAUGAGCCACGCCAUGGAUAUCGUGCUGGAAAAGUCAGAGGAGCUGGUGGACCACUUCCUGCCCAUGACUGAGGAGGAGCUUGCGGCGCUGGCGGCGGAGGCUGAGGGCCCGGAAGUGGGCUCGGUGGAAGAGCAGCGGAAACAUCAGGGUUACUUCGUGCGCUUGGGUUCCCUGUCCACGCGGCUCCGCCACCUGGCGUAUGAGCACUCUCUGGGGAAACUGAGGCAGAAGAAACACCAUGCCCAGGACACGCUGGCCCAGCUGCAGGAGACCCUGGAGCUGAUCCACCGCAUGCAGUGCGGAGUGACCCCCAUCACCCCCGCCAGCCCGGGGAAGGUGCAUGAGCUGUGGGAGGACUGGAGCCAGCGCCCCCUAGAGAACGGCCGGAGGCGCCACAGCCAGGCAGAGCUGGAGACCCUGGUGCUGUCCCGCAGCCUGAUGCGGGAGCUGCAGAGUACCGUGGACGCGCUGGAGACCAGCGUGCGGGGCCUGCCCCCCAGCGCCCAGGAGAAGGUGGCCGAGGUGCGGCGCAGCGUGGACGCCCUGCAGGUAGCCUUUGCCGACGCCCGCCGCUUCGGAGACUUGCCAGCGGCCGUGUUGGCCGAGGGCCGGGGCAGCAUGGCCCGGGCCCACGCGUGCGUGGACGAGCUGCUGGAGCUGGUGGUACAGGCCGUGCCCCUGCCCUGGCUGGUGGGGCCCUUCGCACCCAUCCUCGUGGAGCGGCCCGAACCCCCGCCUGACCUGGAGGCCCUGGUGGACGAGGUCGUCGGGGGUCCUGACCCCCGCUGGGCGCACCUGGACUGGCCAGCCCAGCAGAGAGCCUGGCAGGCCCAGCACGGGGAGGGAACUGUCCUCUCGGGGAAUAUUCCCGAGGAGGAAUCUGAGCCCACCAGCCGCCCCAAGCACACUCUGAUGCCUGAGCUGGACUUUUGACUCGAUGGAACCGCAUAGGCAGCUGGAGGCCAUCCUGCACCCCGAGAGCCCUGCUGCCCCCUAGCGGCCAUGCGUCAGCACUACUAGCCGAAGCCUUGGUCUUGGCUCUUGCGUGGAGUUGGGGACCGAACUCCGAAUCCUAGACUGAAGUCACUGAUGUCAGAUCGCCCCUAAUCGUUCCCAUAUGAGGACUUGAACGUAACUCAGGCUGACUAGCCCCAAGCUGGUUUCACUGGCUGUGGUCCCCAUUGCUCCACCCUAAGAAGCUGAUCAAAACUCCCCAGAGGAUCACAUGUUUUGCCCAUGUGAUAGAAGCAUAGAGGCACAUGCUUCUGUCUGGAGCUUUGAAAAGUGAGUGAAUGUCCUUUUCCUCCCCCAGCUUUUCCAUCUCGGACUGAGGGGUCCUCAGCUGGACCUGCUGCCCCCACUUGCUUAGCCAUUUGGCAUUUACUCUCCAGAAUAAAGAGUAUUGGUG